UUUAAUUGCAAAACUGCUGGCUUUCAUUAUAGCAUUGCCGGAUUUCAAUACCAGCAAUGGCAGGCGAAUUACUAGUGGGUAAAUCUGGUCAGACUGAAGGUUGCCCAGCAGCUCAGACAGAUCACCAGUGCCACAGUGAUGUGGACGAGGAAAUGCAGUUACUAAGACUGGAUAACUUGGACGAUCAGUCAGACCCCUCGUAUUUGAAACCCUCGAAUGAAGAGCAGGAGGUGCCCACUAAACUGUGCGGCUACCUGAACAAGCUGGGAGGGAAAGGACCGCUCAAAGGUUGCAAAACACGCUGGUUUGUGUACAACGAGAAGAAUUGCCACCUGUAUUACUUCCGAACCGCCCAGGAUGUCAACCCGCUCGGGAGCAUCGACCUGUCGCACGCUGCAUUCAUUUACAGCCUGGAAACCGAGGAAGGAACCUUCGAAAUCAGAAGCCCAGAAAAGGAUUAUACUCUGAAGGCGAAGAACAGACAGACGAUGAUGUAUUGGUUACAGCAGCUGCAGCAGAAACGCUUCGACAGACAGAGGAGCCUGCGCAUCGGCAGCCUCACAAUUUCCAGGGAACAGUCCCUGUCGUCAUCGGCAUCUGCAGGUAAAUCAAAGCAGGCCGGACUUGCAACACUGGAUUUGGACCAUCCUGUGAUGGUUGCGGGCAGUGAAACAAAUGAGUUUUUAGAUCCUGUGAAAACUCCGACAGGCCUGGUUGGAGAGGAGGCUGCUUCGUUACCAGCUCCCCUGCAUCCAUCCACCUUAAACAUCUCUCUCAAGCACCUGGGAACGGAAAUACAGAACUUCAGUUCUAAGACGGUGUUUCAAUUCUGUGGUAACAAGCCACUGAGGGAAAAUAGGACGAGCGUCUUUCAGUUUGACGAAAUCAGUCAGGUGGAUGAUGACAUUUGCGAAGACUCACCGCUACCCAAAGGGGCUGAGCUGUCUGUUAGAGAUUCACCACAACCGGAAGACGAAUUGAAGACUCCCUUCUCAAAGAACAUAUCAGGGGGGCUGAAACCUGUGUCCACCCAGCGACAGGGUAGCCUCCUACUCAAAGGAAAGGAAACAGGCUCCAACGACAAAGUAAACAGGUUGCAGUAUGAGGUCUCAAAGCUCAGUGAAGACCUGGCUUCUCAGAAGGAGCUGGUGAGGCUUCUACACAAGGCGCUGGAGGCAGCCCAGCAGGAGAAGCGGGCGUGCAACUCCUUCCUGGCCAACGAGGCGGAAGCCAUGCGGCUGGAGCUGCUGCGGCACAAGGUACGACAGAUCGCAGAGCUCCAGGACCGUGAGGAGAGGCUGGAGAACGAGAAGCGGGAGCUGGAGCUGGAGCUGAAGCGAGAGGCUGGCCACGUGGAGGAGCUGAAGCAACACGUGCAGCUGCUGAUGGAGAAGAACAAUGCAAAGCAGGAGGUGGUCCUCAAGCUGUCCGCGAAGAUGGCCCAGGAGAACGAGGAAUCGCCCAGAACCCCCGACAGGGUCACUCAGGAGACCUUGAGGUUAAAGAAGGAAAUUGCACAUUUGAAGGAUGACCAGGAAGCCUACAAAACGCAGAACAAGUUCCUGAACUCCGAGAUCUAUCACAUCACCAAGCUCUGGCAGAGCAACAUCAAAUGCAUGGAAACAUUGGCCUUGAAGUGUGCGUACUUAGAGGCCAAGUACUGUCAGAUUGAGAGCAAGUACCUGGUGGUGCUGCAUAAACUACAGGACAGUCUGACGGAACAGGAUGUCGACCACCACGAGAUGUUGAAGCAGCUGAUUGAGGAUGCGCUGCACUGGGAGAGCAAAGAGGAAUCAGGCCUGGAGUUCAGCAGCCCAUUCAGAGAAUAUGAUGAAUAUGGCUUCAAGGUGAGGCCUGAUGCUGGGAAGAGGCUCACGACCAGAAUCCGUACACUGGAAUUGAAAUCCAACAACCUGAUCAGUGGCCAGGACGGGCCAGAGAAAGCCAACCGAGCCAAAUGGGACAACCUCAUCGCUGGCCGUAGUGGCGCGGAGCUGAUCGCUUCCCCCGAGCUGAAGAACCUGAUCCGAAACGGUGUUCCCAAGGAGCGCCGGCGGCAAGUCUGGAAGUGGUGUGUGAGGAGGCGGGUCUGGCACAUCCAGGAGAGGUAUGGACCCAACCGCUACAAAGAGCUGUUGAAGCUGUGCCAGGUCAAACACCACCCGGCCUCCAAGCAGAUCGAACUGGACCUGCUGCGCACACUGACCAACAAUAAGCACUUCACCUCCCUCAGCUCCGAGAUGGUCCUCAAACUGCGCCGUGUCCUACUGGCCUAUUCCUGGCAGAACCCAGACAUCGGAUACUGCCAAGGCCUCAACAGACUGGCAGCCAUUGCUCUGCUGAUCCUGCCGGAGGAGGAUGCUUUCUGGUGUCUGGUGGCCAUCGUUGACUGUAUCAUGCCUGAGGAUUACUACAGCAAGACUCUGAUUGGUUCUCAGGGCGACCAGAGGGUGUUCAGAGACCUGCUGUCGGACAAGCUGCCCAGGCUCACGGCUCACUUUGAGCAACACAACGUGGACCUCUCGCUAAUCACCUUCAACUGGUUCCUGGUCAUGUUUGUUGACUGUCUCAAGCGUGACAUCCUUCUCGGGAUCUGGGAUGCAUUCCUGUACGAGGGAACGAAGGUUCUGUUCCGAUACGGACUGGCUAUUUUCAAAUACAAUGAGGAGGAAAUCCUGAAGCUUAAUGAUAACCUGGAAAUUUACGAAAACCUGAGGAGUUUCCCAAAAAACAUUUCUGAUUGCAGCAAGCUGAGGACCAUUGCGUUUGUGGAGAUGAAUCCAUUCCCCAUGAGGCUGCUGAAAAAUCGUCGGGCAGCACACCUGGAGAAGCUGAGGGCUGAGCUGAGCGAGCUGGAGCGCAUCCGAGAGGAGUAUGUGAAAGAGCGAGAGGAACAAAAAGGCAGGAAUGUCUCCGUCAGCGACGAUGAGGAGGAAACGUAAUGAAAGUCGCCUCGCACAUCAGUCCCCGAAUUGUGCAGCAUGCAUUAGAAGCGGGGCUUGUAAUUUUAAAAAGCCCCUGCGCUUAGGGGUAACUGAGGGGAAGAAUUAGGAAUAACUGAGGGUAGUAACUGAGGAGAACGACAUUCUACAAUUAAGGUUUUCCUUGAUUUAGAAGAGAGCACAGUGAAGCAAAUUAUUUGAAGUUGAAAUGCUUUUAUGUGCUCCUCAUUCUAGCGUGGCUGCAGAGUAAAGAUUCCUCUGCUCUGCCCAACCUCAGAACUGCUGUCUUUCCUCCGUGUGCAGUUUUACAUUGUCUGAGGCAGCCACUCCAAUCGACUCUCUGAGGGAAACUGACUAUUUUGUCAUUACAUGUGCCUCAUUAAGCACCGACUUGUUCCAUACUGGGAAAAUGAAUGAGAUUACUCAAACCCAUUUCACGUGAGACUCUUAUGGCGAACAGAGAGAGACUUCCAUCCCAUCAGUUUUGUCUGGUUCUGCAGCCUGAUCACAGAGACGAAGGUGCAACUCAAUGUUUCUUAUUCCAGAAUGGGAUGUUUAACUGGUUUAUUAUGUGUCUUGUUGUUGCCAAUAACUAGCACUAUUGUGAUGGCAUAAGACUUGAUGGGCUUCCAUUCCUAGCGAUUGGGUUUAGGAGGAUGAGGUUGACAGGGCCUGAGCACCACCACCAGCAGUGCAGGGUGCCAGUCAGUGUAACGAGUUUCAUCAUUUCAAAAUAAAAUGCAUCAGAAUUUGUUCUUGGCCGUAAUUUACAGAUGCUCCCAACGCAGUAGGCACCUUUAAAAUCGUGGAGAGGUUUAGUAUCUUGGUUAGGUAUGCGAAGAGGCCUCAAGCUGACAGCAGGCUACCAGUCACAGCUGUCUGAAGACUGACGUUUCUCUGGCUGGAGAGGUUCUGGACUAAGUUUGGAUACUUGGGCCAAGAAUGAGUCAAGUGUAGUGUGACAGUGUGUUUGAGUGGAUACUGAGUGAGUGAGUGAAUGAGUGAGUGAGCGAGCGAGUGAGUGAGCGAGUGUGAUUACCAGGGCACUGUAUUGAAGAAAAGUGGGAUAUAUUAAACCUGUAAUCCCAAAACAGGUUAAUUCUCAAAAGU